AUGCGCUUGCUUAGACAAGAAUCAAAGCGAUUAACAUCAAAAAGCGAGUAUCAGAGUAGAACAGAGCUCCAGAGAGGUGCAAUUUUCGAAAAAGACACCGAGGAGAUUCAAAAUGUAUUCAAAUAUGCGAUGGCAGUCCACAAUCAGAACAUCAGCACCCGCCGUCUUGAACUGCAGGCUUUUGUGGAUGUCAUCAAUACAGCUGAUGCCUUUAAGUUAUCAAGGCUAACAACAUUCUUUGCUGCGGACGAAAGCACUGGGGGAUACUCUUUACGCUUGUCAGUUGUCGAUGAGACAACUGAAACUGAACUGAAGUGUAAAGAGUAUCCCCCGGAACAAUCAAAACUCUGCUACGUGGAGUCUCAGUCUGGGGUAGACUAA